AUAAGAUUGCCGACUCUAUGUCCACAGCAUCGCCCCCAAGACAAGCGCCCAUUCGACCUUAUGGGACCUUUUUGUCGAUUAUAGUCGCCGCAUUUUCGAUUUUCUUCCUUCUUCCACGUCUACAGUCGUGGACCACCAUCACGAGCGACACCAACCCCCAGGACUUGGCAAAAAUCCAGGAUUCCCCCACGAUGGCGGAACCCUCCUCGGCCCAACAUAGACGAACGCCUGUCUACUUCCUAGGCAUCGGCGGGCCUAACUUCAUGGAGAAUAGAGAACACCCUGCCUUCCGAAAAUUGGGUGAGACUGGACGCGAGAUCACGACAGAGGUCAAGCCCAAGGCCGUGGUCGUCUUCUCUGCCCACUGGCAGGAUGGGCCCAGCAGGGUGAGCGUCAACGUAGCCGAGGACGCAGGCAUCAUCUACGACUUCUACAACUUCCCGCCUCACUACUACGAGUACAAGUAUCCGUAUAAGGGAAGCCCAGAGAUUGCCCAAAAGGUCAUCGACAACCUCGAGGGCGCCGGAAUCGAGGUGCAGAAGGUGAAACGGGGCCUCGACCACGGCGUCUGGGUGGGCUUCAUUGCUGCUUUUGACCCAGAAAAGAACCCACUGAAUGUGCCGGUGGUCCAGGUUUCGCUCUAUGGCAAUGAGGAUCCGGCCAAGCACUACCGCUUGGGACAGGCGGUAGAAAGUCUGCGGGAUGAGGGCAUCCUCAUCAUAGGGGCAGGGAUGGCUGUUCACAACCUUCACGACUACAGAGCAACCAGAGGAUCUGGGAGGACAAUGCCGUAUGCGUCCACUUUCGAGGAAGCACUGACACAAGCCAUCACUACGACGCCAGAAGACCGUCAGAAGACUAUGAUCAGUCUCCUAGGAACCAGCCUUGCCAGGCAGGCUCAUCCCAGCGCCGAGCACAUUCUUCCAAUGUAUAUCGCUGCUGGCGCUGCGGGUUCAGACACCGGGGAACGAAUAUGGGCUCUCCCUGAGGCAAGUUUGAAUUGGGGGCAAUAUAGGUUUGGCAAACCCGAUGCGUGAAUUUGGUUUGUGAAGUCGGCUUUUCGGACGGGUUGCUUCCUGGGAAGCAGGGCGCGAACUUGGAAUGUUUGCGUGGCGUUGGCAUGUGGGGAAAGAUGGUGUCAAAUUCGCUAUGAAUUGAAUGUAUUUCUACAGCAUCACUUGCAAGCGAGUUCAUAUUCAACUCGGUACGGUCCAGUCGAAUACAUCACAAUCUGGGAUA